UAUUCAGCAGUCAGCGGGGAGGGAGCCUCUGAGCAGCCACGUAGGCAUUCUCUUCUCUCUGGAGGAAAAGGCCCAGCAGCUGUCCGAGGAAAAGGCCCACCAGCUGUCAGAGCAAAGGGACAUGUCGCAGCUAAGUAAGAAUCUGGGUGAUUCGAGCCCUCCUGUCGAGGGCCCGAAGCCACCGGUCUAUAGCCGCCCUACGGUUCUGAUGCGGGCCCCGCCCGCCUCCUCCCGGGCCCCACCAGUCCCUUGGGAUCCUCCUCCUCUUGACUUGCAGGCUUCAUUGGGUGCUUGGCCGGCACCUCAGCCUGCCUGGGAGGCCCCACAGGGCCAGCCGCCAGCCCCGGUGGCGCCGAUGGCCCAACCUCCGGCCCUAGGGGCCCAGAUGGUCCAGCCUCCCCCUCUGGGAGGCCCGAUGGGCAAGCCUCCGACUCCUGGAGUCCUGAUGGUCCAUCCUCCUCCCCCGCCGGGAGCCCCGAUGGCCCAGCCUCCAGCUCCCGGAGUGCUUAUGGUCCAUCAUUCAGCUCCGGGAACCCCCAUGGCGCAUCCUCCCCCUCCGGGGACUCCGAUGGCCCACCCUCCCCCUCCGGGGACACCGAUGGCCCACCCGCCUCCUCCGGGGACCCCGAUAGUGCACCCGGCCCCUCCGGGGACCCCGAUGGCCCAUCCUCCCCCUCCGGGGACCCCGAUGGCCCAUCCUCCCCCUCCGGGGACCCCGAUGGCCCAUCCUCCCCCUCCGGGGACACCGAUGGCUCACCCUCCCCCGCCGGGGACACCAAUGGCCCAUGCUCCCCCGCCGGGGACCCCCAUGGCCCAGCCUCCAGCUCCUGGAGUCCUGAUGGCCCAGCCUUUGACGCCGGGAGUCCUGAUGGUCCAGCCUCCAGCGCCGGGAGCUCCAACGGCUCAGCAUCCACCUCCCGGAGUCCUGAUGACCCAGCCGCUGCCUCCGGUAGCCUCGAUGGCCAAGCCUCCAGGUCCUGGCGUUCUGAUGAUGCAUCCUCCGGGUUCCAGAGCUCCGAUCGCCCAGCCUGCAGCUUCAGGAGCCCCGAUGGCGCAGCCAGCUGCCCCACCUGGGCAGCCUUUGGCUUCUUGGGCCCCACAGGCUCAGCCUCUGAUCCUGCAAAUCCAGUCUCAGGUUAUAAGGGCUCCUCCGCAGGUUCCCCAGGGUCCUCAGGCCCCGCAGGCGCAGCUGGCCACGCCUCCGGGCUGGCAGGCCACCUCGCCGGGAUGGCAGGCCCCUCCACAAGGCUGGCAAGCCACACCCCUAGGCUGGCAGACCACGCAGGUCACCUGGCAGGCCCCAGCGAUAGCCUGGCAGGCGCCUCCAUCUGUGCGCCAGGGCCCUCCGCCCAUCCGACCAGGCCCGCCACCCAUCCGGCCCGGCCCGCCGCCGGUGCGCCAGACCCCACCCCAGAUCCGCCAGGCCCCUCCGCUGAUCCGCCAGGCGCCACCGCCCAUCCGGCCAGCCCCGCAGGUCCUGGCGACCCCGCCGCCUCUCUGGCAGGCCCUUCCGCCUCCUCCGCCUCUGAGGCAGGCCCCGCAGGCUCGGCUGCCGGCCCCGCAGGUGCAGGCGGCCCCGCAGGUGCGGGCGGUUCCACUGCCUGCGCAGGUGCCCUCGACACCAGCAGCAGGACCGCAGGCGCCCCAGGCCCAGCCUUCGACUCAGCAGAUCGCGCACUGCCCGCCCAUCAUCUGGCAGGCCCCCAAGGGCCAACCCCCAGUGCCGCACGAGUUGCCAACGUCUAUGGAGUUCCAGGAGGUGCAGCAGACCUGGCCAGCCCCGAAGACCCCUGCUCACUUUUGGCAGCCCCUGCCCGCCCAGGAAGUGGAGAGGCAGGGCCCGCAGCUGGUCCAGCUGGAGCAGCCCUUUCAGGGGGCCCCGCCCUCCCAGAAGGUCCUGCAAAUCCAGCUACCCACCCAGCAGGCCGAGACAUCGGGCUCGGGCUCGCAAGCAGAGCUGCCUCCUCUGCAGCUCCAGCCCUCCUGGCAGGCCCCACCCGGAGCCAUGCAGGCCCAGUCAGCAGCCUCCUUAGGGGCUGCAAAUUUUCACAGGGGCUCUGCUAAAUCACUGAUGACUCCUCCAUCCGGAGAAUCCAGGGCCUCUUCAGUAGACCCUAGGGCCUCCUCCAAGGAACGCCGGACCUCUUCAAAGGAACGCAGGACUCCCUCGAAGGACCGCAUGAUCUUCGCUGGCACUUUUUGUGCCCCAAGGGCAGUGUCAACUGCCCGGGCAUACCUGCCAACUGCCUGGAAAAACCCACCUGGCACAUCAGAGACCUUUACUGCCACCUCAAGGGUCUUUCCAGCUACCUCCCCGAUCUACCCUGCCUCUUCUGUUACCUUUAAGGGUCCAACUGUGACCUCAGAAACCCCGAAGUCACUGCCGCUUGCUCUGCAGAAUCCAUUUGCUUGUGAAGAAGCCCUGCCUGCUGUUUCCUGGGUUCCUCAGCCCAACUCCAAUGCCUCAAAGGCAUGGAAGUCAGCACCCACCUUCCUGAUGGCCUCAGCAGCUGUUCCUCGGGCAACAGCCACCAACGAUGAGGUCUCUAAGACUUCCCAGCAGCGCCGCUCAGGCAAAGUUGCCCGGAAGAAGAAGCACCUGAAUGCCCAAGAAGACAGCAGUGGUCAUAUGCUGGCCCUGCAUGAUUGGCAGGCCCCAAGGCCCUGGAGCAAUCUGAACUUGAGUGACUGGGAGGUCCAAAGCCCCCUCCAGGUCCUGGGUGACUGGGAGGGCCUGAGCGUCUCCUGUGGCCUGAGUGGCUGGGAGGGCCCUAGUACCUCCAGGAUCUUGAGUGGCUGGGAAGGGCCCAGCACCUCCUGGGCUCUGAAUGCCUGGGAGUGCCCAAGCACCUCAAGGGUCCUGAGCGUCUGGGAAAGCUCAGGGAAGCCUGAGCCACUGAUCUUCUCUGAGGUCCCAAGUCUCUCUCAGGAGCUUGGUGCCACCCAGGCUGAGCCCAAGUUGGAGACUCAGCCAUUGUCUCCCUUGGAUGAGAGAGCAAACGCGUUGGUACAGUUCCUCUUGGUCAAGGAACAAGCCAAGCUGCCCAUCAAGCGCUCAGAGAUGGUGAAAGUCAUCAUCCGCGAAUAUAAAGAUGAGUGCUUGGAUAUCAUUAACCGAGCCAGCCAUAAGCUAGAAUGUGCUUUUGGCUAUCAAUUGAAGGAAAUUGAUCCAAAAAACCACUCUUAUAUUAUCAUCAACAAGUUGGCCCAUCGUAAAUAUGAGCCGGUGGCAUCAUAUUUAGACACACCCAAGCUUGGGCUCCUGAUGGUGGUCCUGAGUCUCAUUUUUAUGAGAGGCAAUUGUGUCAAGGACCAUCUUGUCUUUGAUUUUCUGACCAAAUUAGGGUUGGAUAAUGGGGAGACACAUGGUUUCUUUGGAAAUACAAAGAAGCUCAUCACUGAGGUGUUUGUCAGGCAGAGGUACCUAGAUUAUAGGCGAGUCCCCUAUACUGAGCCAGCAGAAUAUGUGUUUCUCUGGGGCCCUCGAGCAUUCCUUGAAACCAGCAAGAUGCUUGUCCUGAGGUUUGUGGCCAGGCUCCAUAAGAGAGAUCCACAGUGCUGGCCAUUCCAUUACCUGGAAGCCCUGGCAGAAUGUGAAGCUGAAGAUUUGGAAGACGAUGAGGCUGAAGCAGGUGAUAAUGCCGGUGGCCCCACCAGCAGUUCCCCUCCCCGCUAGUGAGGUGUAGCUGGAAUUGUCCUUUUUGCACCCCCAGCCAGAAGCCACUGACAGGUUGGGGGAACAUUUUGUUUCUGGUGUUUAUGUUCCAAUUCCGUGUGUGUAAAUCUGGAUUACUCAUUUGCUUUUCUAACUGCCAAAGCUUUGUAAACUUUGAUGUGGAGUUGGUUUCAGUCGCUACUGUUUGGCAUUUUUGCAUCUAUAUUUUUAAGUGAGAUUUGUGAUUUCGUGUUUUGUGUUAUGAUUGUUAUGUUUUUGUAUCAGAGUUGUGCUGGCUUUGUGAAAUGAAUUGAGACGCUAUCCAUCUCAUGCUGGUACACUAUGUAGUAUCGAAUUAGGCUGUUCUUUGGAAGUCAAAAUGACUCACCAGUAAAAUUUGUCUGCAGAAAAUAAAUAUCUAUAUCUAUAUCUAUACUUUCAGCAUAACAUUGGAGUUCCUUGUCUUUAUUCUAAUUUGCAUUCCAGAUGAUGGGAGUCAUGUGGGCUAUACACUCUCAGUAGACAUGAAUACCAACACUACUAUGAGUGAUAUUAAAAAUCACAGGGAUGAAGCUGUUUUUCAGAGAGCUACAUGCAUCCGUAUAAUGAUGGGUGAGGAAACAUAAGGUUCCCACUAAACCGUCGGUUAAUUUGGGUUAUACACUUCAGACAAAAUUUCAUAAAUCGGUGGGGCUGGAUCAAGAAGGGGUUAAAUAUUCUCAUCCAAUUAAAUUCUCACAAUAAUCCUUCAAAAUAAGCAUUAAUAUUCCCGUUUUACAGAUGAGGCUCUAAGGCUCAAUAAUAUGAAUUUUAUAGCAUGUGUCAGUGCUUAACGGUAAAGCUUGAAAAUAAAGCAGAAAAUUUCUUUGAGGUUAUGUGGAAAGGAGGACCAUCUGUCUGCAGGAGCACAGGUAUCCAGGUUUGUUACUCUUAUAAAGAAGAAAUUGGCUGAGGGGACAUUUCUACGCCCAUGGUGGGUGUCCAAGAGCUCAGGAAUUUGGGGUUUCAAAGGAGAACCAGGGAACUGGGGUUUGGAGUUAAAGGUUUUAUCAACAUACUGAUAUUGGGGUAGAAACGUGCUCCUUGGAAAAUGCUCAGCCUUAUAAUAAUAGGGAGAGGAAAAAUCAGGCUUCAUUGAACCUGCAGAUGGCAGCUGGGAUGAUUUCCACCUACAUGGAGAUCCUUU